GCUCUCUGCUCUCUGCUGCAACCACAGAAGCCACAUUAAAGCACUGCCGCAGCAGCUCUUUAGUGUUGCCAGUGUAGACUAGCCCUGAAACAGCAUUCCCAGGAGGCUGAAUCCAAGCAAUAGUACUUUUGUAAAGGCACACAGAGGGCAUGAUGUAGCCACUUCACAUACAUCUGUGAUAGAAACACCCCUAGGCAGGCAGCGGUGACUUGCAUUGCUCCUGACUGAGUGAAUCUUGACUUGGCCUCUAGUUGCAGGUUAGCCAAGUAAUAGCAAUGAGAAAUGCAAUCCGACAUCUUAUUAAACAUGGUUCUCUUGGUCAUCGCAUUGUUCAGUAAAAUGGUGUUAAAAGGAACAGGUAGGUAGACUUUCUAAUUGCUUUAGUCCACUUCCAGCAGAACCCCAAGGACCUUUUAACUUUCUUUGAGCAUGUGGAGAAGGGCCCUCUUGGACGGGCAAUGUGGGCAUGGGAGGAAUGUAAACAGCAGGAGGUCAGAACAGGAAGCCUUUAUGACCUAGUCUAACUUCCCAACCCCUGUCUAGUAGCAGGAUAAGAGGUGGAAGAAACCAGUGGUCUGAACCGCCUCUCUAACAGAUUGAAUUCCUGCUCUUGCCUGGGUUCCUGAAAAUGAUAAACACAACCCUGUUCAUUCAUUGCAUCCUGAAUAACUACCCCACAAUUGCCCACUACCCCCUUCCUCUCCCUUCCUCUGGCUUUUGCGAGGUUUAUUGGACUUUAAUCACGUAUUGAUUCUUGAAAACUGAUGUGGACUAUGAAACCAUUCUUGCUAUGCUAAAUUGCCAUGGUUGAAAUGAUAUGAGACUGGAUUUAUAGUUUACAGUUUAGAUAUAUUUUCAUGCCAAAUUAAAUUAAACAAAAUAUUUGAGGAAAAAGUGAAGAUAACAAUAAGAAAAUAUUAAAAUACAUUUUGGUCAGCCUAUUGCAUUUUCCCAAAUUUCCUUUAGAGGGCAGGAGACUACAGCAAAUGCUUUGAAACGGAACAUACCAUCAGCAUUUAUGGGAAGGCCUCUGAUGUAACACAGUCCUGUGACUGUCCAAUGUGACCAGAUGGCAGCGUCACAUCGCUAGCACAGUAUAAUCAACAAUCCUCUUAAAGCUGCAACUAUGUCUGCCAGGGCCCCUGAUAGAAUGCAGAUUAUGACAGAACUGGUCAACGAAACUGAGGUCAGUCUACUUGAAUGCAAAGUGUGUUUUGAAAAAUAUAGCCAGAAGAAGAAACACCGGCCAAGGAACUUGCCUUGUGGACAUGUUAUAUGCUUGGAGUGUGUAUUCUCUCUAGCACACCCAAGGAAUUUUAGGUUGGAGUGCCCUUUCUGUCGAAGAGCUUGCAAAUCUUCAGAGACAAGUGACUGCUUACCAUUGCUGCACCUGAUAGAGAUCUUAAGCCGCGCAACUAAUAUUCCUUUAGCUUCAGGAACAACAACUGGGACAGGUGAUGAAGCAGCUGUAUCAGCAUCUCUUGGCUUAACGUUCAACCUUUCUUUCGGAGGCUGGGGGACGCUGAUCAAUCCGACUGGGAUUGCAAUGUGUCGGGGGUCUGACUGUGUAGUAGUGGCACAUGAUGGCAAAAAAAGGAUUAAGCUGUUUGGCUUGAGUGGAAGCUGUAUACAACAGUUUGGGGAAAGAGGAGAUGCAGGCAAUGAUAUUAAAUACCCACUUGACGUGACAGUCACAUUGGAUGGCCACGUGGUUGUCACAGACAGCGGAGAUCGCUCUGUGAAAGUGUUUGAUUUUAACGGAAGAGGCAAGCUAAUUAUCAGGGAAUCCUUUUGUUUGCCAUGGGGUUUGGAUACCACCCCAGAGAAUGAAAUUAUCCUGUCUGAUCCAGAAGCAGGUGCUCUUUCUCGCUUGACAGCCAAUUUUAAAAAAGGAGAACUAAAGAAGGUUCAGAAGAUCCAGUCUAACUUAUGCAACCCAAGAGAGGUGGCAGUUUCUCAGACUUCUGGAAUUAUCGCUGUAAUAGAGCACCUGAUAGCUAAGGGACCAAACUACAGCAGCACAAGAGUGAAGAUAUUCAGUGCUGACAUGAAACUCAUUGGCCAGAUGGAUAGCUUUGGUCUAAACCUAGUGUUUCCCUCCAAAAUAUAUGCCACUGAUUUGGCCUUUGACAGAGAGGGACACAUAAUAGUAGCAGAUGCCUAUAACCGAGUUGUAUUGUGCUUAGGAAAACCUGAGGAAUUUCCUGUCUUAAGGCCCAUAAUUACCCAAGGGCUUUCUUAUCCUGUGGCGUUGACUUACACAGCAAACAAUUCUCUGAUUGUCUUAGACAGUGGUGAUCAUUCAAUUAAAGUAUAUACUGCUAGCUGAAUUGUUUUGGAUUCUUACUAAUUUCGUUCCAUUUCAAAUUUUAAAAGAAGUCAUUAUGGUUUUAUCAGAUGCAUGUGUGGGUUUUUUCUGCCAUGAUUUUGUGUGAAAUUUAUCAUUUUUAUGGACAUGCUGUAUGGUCUUUGACAUUUGCUCAUCAAUUCUGACUUCUGAGUAUGUGUGAAAGACAAACCGUGUAUUCUAAAUAGCACCAGACAAAGAGACCUCAACCAGAUGACCUGGCAUUUCUUCUAAACUAUUAUACGACUGUUACUACUCUUUUUGUGUGUGUGCUUAAAAUGAACAAUAGUUUUGUGUUAGAUAAUGGAAUCAAUUAUGAAGCAGAGAAUGACUUGCACCUUUUGGUUAUAUUAAUUGAAGUCUCACUUACAAAAUGUUGUUUUGUUUUUUAUAAGGUGAGAGAAUCUCAUGAGAAAGAAGCAGCAAUUUUCAGAAAUUCUAUUAGAAGGGAGACUCUCUAGCUCAGGGGACUGGUAACUGGAAGUAGAACAUUUCACUUCAAGGUUACUUUAAUCCAAUUGAGAUCAGUAGUGACAAAGUAAUUAUCAUUGUUCAAUGGCCAGUUUGAAAUGAGUUGGGUGGUCAAAGUGUAGUUUCUCCGCAUUACAGAAACCACCAUGAAGACUGCUAUUAUGAGAGGCCACUGACUGAAUGGGCCUAGAGACUGACACACCAUCUCAUUCCUAGAGGUAGACCCGUCGAAGAGUUAAGACAUAGUGAUGGUGCAGUGUUUGGAAACUUGUACUGUCUGGGCCAUACAUUUUCUUAAGAGAAUUAUUUUCUGGUGGUCAGGUUUCCAUCAUGCACCACUUCUUCAUUAACACUAACUUCACUUCUAAAAAUAAAGUUCUAAAAUUUGUAACAAAGACAGUGUCUUAAUGUUUGACCACAGUUAUGCAUUUUUCUGUGUGCCGUGCUUGUAUGAAUUCUUAGAGGUUCUUACACUAACCUCAUCACUGUAGUUUGAGUGCUUGCAUUUCAGUACCCUAGCUGUGACAUGAUAGUGGAAUAAGACCGCUUCUGCACAUUGAUAUAGACCAGGGAUCGGCAACCUUUCAGAAGUGGUGUGCCGAGUCUUCAUUCAUUCACUCUAAUUUAAGGUUUUGCGUGCCAGUAAUACAUUUUAACAUUCUUA